AUGACAGAGGCAACGGACAAGGUGAACGAAACUGCCGCCAACGCGGCACCGGCACAUUUCAUCCGCGAGAUUAUCGCCGCAGACCAGCGGUCCGGCAAGCACGACGGACGCGUCGUUACGCGCUUCCCGCCGGAGCCGAACGGCUACCUGCACAUCGGUCACGCCAAGUCCAUCUGCCUCAAUUUCGGCCUCGCGGCGGAGAACGGCGGCUUCUGCCACCUGCGCUUCGAUGACACCAACCCCAGCAAGGAAGACGUCGAAUACGUCGAGGCGAUCAAGGCCGACGUGCGCUGGCUGGGAUUCGAGUGGGGCGACCGGCUGUUUUACGCAUCCGAUUAUUUCGCCGAGCUUUACGACUACGCCGUGGAACUCAUCCAGGCCGGCAAGGCGUACGUGUGCGACCUCAGCGCCGACGAGGUGCGCGCCUAUCGCGGCACCCUGACCGAGCCCGGCAGGGAAAGCCCCUACCGCUCACGCUCGGUCGAGGAAAACCUGGACCUGUUCGCGCGCAUGAAGGCGGGCGAGUUUCCCGAAGGCUCGCGGGUGUUACGCGCCAAGAUCGACAUGGCUUCCGGCAACGUCAACCUGCGCGACCCGACGCUCUACCGCAUCCGGCGCGUGCCCCACCACCGCACCGGCGAUGCCUGGUGCAUCUACCCCAUGUACGACUUCACCCACGGCCUGUCCGACGCCUUGGAGGGCAUCACGCACUCCAUUUGCACCCUGGAGUUCGAGGACCACCGGCCGCUCUACGACUGGUUCCUGGACGUUCUGCAGACGCCGUGCCAUCCGCAGCAGAUCGAGUUCGCGCGCCUCAAUCUCAGCCACACGGUGAUGAGCAAGCGCAAGCUUCUGAGCCUGGUGGAGCGCGGCCUGGUGAAUGGCUGGGACGACCCGCGCAUGCCAACCCUGUCCGGUCUGCGGCGGCGCGGUUACACGCCCGAGGCCAUCCGCGCCUUCUGCGAGCGCAUCGGCGUGGCCAAGCGCGACAGCACGGCGGACAUCGCGCUGCUCGAAUACUGCAUCCGCGAGGACCUGAACCGCCGGGCGCCGCGCGUCAUGGCGGUGCUGCGGCCCCUGCGGCUGGUCAUCGACAACUAUCCCGAGGGCGAAACGGAAGAGAUGGAGGCGGUCAAUAACCCCGAGGACACCUCGAUGGGCACGCGCAAGGUGCCGUUUUCCAAGGUGCUGUACAUCGAGCGCGACGAUUUCCGCGAGGAGCCGCCGAAGAAGUUUUUCCGCCUUGCGCCGGGGCGUGAGGUGCGGCUGCGGUACGCCUACUACGUGACCUGCGUGGACGUGGUGAAGGACGAGCAAGGCGAGGUGGUGGAAGUCCACUGCACCUACGACCCGGCCACGCGAGGCGGCGGCUCGCCGGACGGCCGCCGGGUCAAGGCCACGCUGCACUGGGUGUCGGCGGCGCACGCGAUUCCUGCCGAGGUGCGGCUGUACGACCAUCUCUUCGCCCAGGCCGACCCGGACGACGUACCCGAGGGCGAGAAUUUCACCGCCGCGCUGGAUCCCCAUUCCCUGGAAACGUUGACGUCGUGCCAGGUCGAGCCCAGUCUGGCCGGAACAGAGUCCGGCAGCCGCUACCAGUUCGAGCGCCAGGGGUACUUCUGCGCUGACCCCGAUACGACCCCGGACCGCCUGGUCUUCAACCGCACCGUGCCGCUGCGCGAUACCUGGGCGAAGAUAGCCAAACAAUAA